AUGGCUCAAAUCCAGACCCGUUAUGAACAUCCGCAGAGGCAGCAGCUCUCCCACCAAGUGGCCAAGACCACCACCGCCGUCACCCUCGGCGGCUCCCUCAUGGCCCUCUCCGGCCUCACCCUCACCGCCACCGUCAUCGCCCUCGUCCUCGCCACCCCGGUCCUCGUCAUCUUCAGCCCCGUCCUCGUCCCCGCUGCCAUCACUGUCUUCUUGAUCGUGGCCGGCCUCGUGGCGUCGGGCGGGUUCGGGGUCGUGGCCAGCUUCGUGUUCUACUGGAUGUACAGAUACGCCACGGGAGAGCACCCGAUCGGGGCCGAUCAGAUCGACCGUGCUCGGGACAAGAUCGCCCACGCCGCGCACGACGUCAAGGAGAAUGCUGAGCAGAACGGACAAGGCGGCGUUGGCGGACAGCAGAAUGUGAAGGGCGGCCAGGGAAUUUGAGAAUCUUGAAUAAUUAUGUGUGGAAUGGAUGAAAAUUGUGCUUGU